UCCGGCUUCACACGGCGGAAUCUCUCAGGUGUUUUGACGAAGUAUCAUGGAGGCUGUUAGCCGCCACCACUGCUGACGGUUUUGUUACUGUCUAAAUCCUGCUUUUAAUAACUCAAUCUCACUGUCAGCUCUUCUAGUGUAAAGGUUGACGGCAGUAAAAUCAUGGAGUCCAUGCUCAAUAAACUAAAGAGCACCGUCACCAAGGUGACGGCUGACAUGACCAGUGCUGUCAUGGGCAAUCCUGUCACGCGGGAGUUUGAGGUGGGCCGACAUAUCGCCAGCGGGGGUCCAGGAAUGAGCUGGAGGAUCUACAAUGGCACCAAAAAAUCCACCAAACAGGAAGUGGCAGUCUUUGUGUUCGAUAAGAAGAUCAUUGAUCGCUAUCAGAAGUUUGAGAAGGAUCAGAUCAUUGAUUCACUGAAGAAAGGAGUUCAACAGCUAACGCGGUUACGACAUCCACGUCUCCUCACAGUUCAGCACCCACUGGAGGAGUCCAGAGACUGUCUGGCAUUCUGCACAGAGCCCGUGUUUGCCAGUCUAGCAAAUGUGCUCGGCCAGUGGGACAACCUCCCUACUCCUGUUCCCACAGACAUCAAAGAAUACAAACUCUAUGACGUUGAGACCAAAUAUGGCUUACUGCAGGUCUCAGAGGGUUUGUCUUUCCUCCACAGUGGGGUUAAAAUGGUUCAUGGUAACUUGUGUCCUGAGAACAUCAUCUUAAAUAAGAGUGGAGCUUGGAAGAUCAUGGGCUUUGACUUCAGUAUCUCCUCUAGUAACCCGUCUGAUGCUGAGCCCAAGUAUGUUUGUAAAGAGUGGGACCCCAAUCUACCACCUCUCUGCCUCCCGAAUCCAGAAUAUGUUGCUCCUGAGUACAUCCUGUCUGUCAGCUGUGACGCGUCCUCUGACAUGUACUCACUGGGUGUUUUGAUCCAUGCCGUGUUCAAUGACGGCAAGCCUGUCUUUCAGGUCAACAAGCAGGACAUAUUCAAGAGCUUCAGCCGACAACUGGACCAGCUGAGUCAUCUAAGUCCAGGAGUGUUGAGUAAGAUCCCAGAGGAGGUCAGGGAGCAUGUCAAGAUGUUGCUCAACGUCACCUCCAACGUGCGUCCAGAUGCAGAUCAGAUGACAAAGAUUCCCUUCUUCGAUGAUGUUGGAGCGAUGACCCUUCAGUACUUUGACUCGCUUUUCCAGCGGGACAACUUACAGAAGUCUCAGUUCUACAAAGGUCUCCCAAAAGUUCUGCCCAAGUUGCCCAAGAGAGUGAUAGUGUACAGAAUCCUCCCUGCGCUCACAUCUGAGUUUGUGAAUCCUGACAUGGUUCCGUUCGUCCUUCCAAACGUGCUGCUCAUCGCUGAGGAGUGCACAAAGGAGGAAUACGUCCGCCUCGUUCUCCCAGACCUCACCCCAGUUUUCAAACAGCAGGAGCCAGUACAGAUCCUGCUGAUAUUUCUACAAAAGAUGGACCUGCUUUUGACCAAAACGCCUCCUGAAGACAUCAAAAACAGUGUUCUGCCCAUGGUGUACAGAGCAGUGGAGGCCCCCUCUAUUCAAAUACAGGAACUUUGUCUGAAUAUCAUUCCCACAUUUGCCAAUCUAAUCGAGUACCCAUCUAUGAAGAAUGCACUUAUUCCUCGUAUCAAAUCUGCUUGUUUACAGACAUCCUCGCUAGCGGUGAGGGUGAACUCUUUGGUGUGCCUAGGCAAGAUUUUGGAAUACCUGGAUAAAUGGUUCGUCAUUGAUGAAAUUCUACCAUUCCUGCAACAAAUUCCAUCCAGAGAACCAGCUGUGCUCAUGGGCAUUCUUGGCAUCUACAAGUGCACUUUCACCCAUAAAAAACUGGGCAUCCCAAAAGAGCAUCUGGCUUCAAAGAGUUUACCUCAUCUGGUGUCGCUUAGUAUCGAUAACAACCUUAACCUUAACCAGUUUAACUCUUUCAUGGCUGUGAUCAAGGAAAUGUUGAAUCGCAUGGAGGCGGAGCAUAAGACCAAAUUAGAGCAGUUACACAUCAUGCAGGAGCAGCAAAGGAGUUUAAACAUUACAAGCCAGAUGAACCAAUUAGAUGAGACUAAGAACACACCCAGCCCAGCCACACAAGUCAGAGAUAUCGAUGAGAUCUUUGGUGGCAGUUCAGGAAGUGCGGGUGUGAAUGGUAAAGAGAAUGGUUCAUCAUCAACUGUUUCACAACCCUCACGAGUGUCUCUCACCCUGGAAGAAAAGCAGCGUUUGGCUAAAGAACAGGAACAGGCUGCCAAACUAAGAAGCCAGCAGCCAUUGGCUCCACAGAGCGUCAAACCAGCCGCGACGACACCUCAGGCAAAGGAUCUGACCAGCAGUCUUCUGAACAACAUGACAUCUCUAAACAACCUCUCUUUGAACUCUGGGACGAGAACGAUGCCCAUGCAGGGCAGCACCAUAUCCUCUACCUUCCCCGCUGGACCCACCAUGGGUGGAAUGGGCACCAUGAGCGUCAGCAAUGGUUUCAACUCGCCCAUGGGAUUCCAGACGGGAGGUAUGGGAAUGGGCAUGAGACCCGCUGCUCCUGGCCCCUACGGAGGCAUGGCCACCACUACCAGCACUCCAAAUUUCGGUGCCCUCGCCCAGAACCAAAACCAAUCUAGCAAGCCCCCAGACAUGUCCGCCCUAGACUCCCUCUUCGCGUCUAGCAAACCCAAAGUCAGCAUGAACCAAAUGGCCCCUAAACCGGCCCCAGUUGCCGCUGCACCUUCCCCAUGGCUCAGUCAGUUCGGUACAGGCCAACCUUCCCAGACUGCACCUAUACAAGCGACUCCAAUGGGGAUGACGGGAGUUCAAGGUGGUUUUGGAAUGCAAGCAAACCCGUUCUUCAACCCUCAGAACUUCUCGCAACCUGUGGCCUCUUCAACAGCGAACGCUGGGAUGAUGAAGCAAAGUGCUUCGGUCAACAACGAUCUGAAGGAUCUCUUCGGAUAAAACAUUUGCCUUUUGUUCACGUUCCCACUCGCGUGGGAAUCAAGCGAAACAACAUCAGCAGCGAAGAUGACACUCAAAAUUUGUCCUUGAAAGACAGUGUUUAAAAGUUAUCCUGGUUUGUUUUGUCUUUUUUUAGCCCUUAUCAAUGGUGCGCCUUUUGAGGACAGUCAACCUAUCUUCUCGUUUGAAUCAAAAGCAGACGGCACCAACGUAAUGUUUCUACAGAAAGCUUGGGCUCUUCCUCCAAAAGCUGCUUUAGUCGGUGGAUUCCCUGCAUUCGUCGCCCCAAAAGAAAGAUUCACAAACAAAUGGGCAUAACAAACUCAAGCACUUCUGCUUUCAUUUCCUUUUCGCUCGAGCUUCACGUUCAUCAGAACGUCUGUCAGAACAAACAAUAUCGAUGGCCUCAGGAUAUGCCGUUUUGCUCACGGUGUCUCGCAGAAGGAAGUCUCAAUCAUGCGAUAAGUAAAGCAAGAGGAUGUGCAGUUCAUAGUUUGGGCCUGAAUGAAUAUUUUUAUAAUGUGUUCUUCGUGUAUAUACUGUAUCUGGUGAUUAUUGUUUGAGUUUCAUACUGAUACUUAAUUCGCUGAGGUAAAACACCUUAAAGGAAGGACACCGUCUUCAUACUGUAGGUGCACUAAAUGUAAUAGAGAUUAAAAAAGAGGUUAAAAAACUAGGGUUUGAGAUGUCGUCGGGAUGUUGUCAGUACUUUAAAGUCAGUUGUGUAAAACAGAAUCUUUGAGCUUCAUUCAUGAAACAGCAUUUUUGUGUGAAACAGCAGUUUUUUUUCAUUCCAAAAUCAGAAAUCAAUUUCUUAAUUAUAAAAAUCAAAGGAUAAAUACAAUAGGAAAACAUAUUAUUCAGUUUAGCCAUAUACUUAACUACUUACAAUGUACUUUACAGUUUUCAUUAUGUUCAAAUAAGAUGUUUCUUGUUACUGUAAUGUUAAGAUUGUUUCAUCUAAAAGAAAUGAGAUUUCUACACAUUGCACAUCUACACAUGUGAAUAUUUUUUGCAUUAUGGUAAUGAGAAAGCUAAAUUUUUUCACACGUUACGAAAACAAGAUAUUUUCUCAACGCAGAGAUGUUUUACGCUUAAUCAGACUUUGUUUCGUAGUGAGAAUUGGUGGAAAAUUGGCUUAAUUGUGAAAAAAUGUCAAUGCAGAGAGUUAUAAGUAGGCUUUUUUUAUACAAAGUAUGCAGUUUGAGCAUUUAGAUAUAAAUGGGAUGGGAUAAAAUAUGCAUUUCUUAGUUAUUUGAAAAAAAAUGCAGCUGUAUAUGGUAAAAUGUAGCAUAAAAUUGAGUGCAGCAUAUCGUUUGUGACCAAGUUGUAACAGAGGUGUGUUUCAUGAAUGAAGCCUGAUGCGUUUGUUUCCCUUUCUGUUACUUCCUGCCUUGUGUUUGUUAAAUCUGUAUUAUCUUGUAACGUUGUGUUUCUUGGGGAAGUUACGGAUCAUGCCAUGGCGUUACAUUUGGUCCACUUUUUUGUUUGUCUGUUAUUACAUGGGCAGUUUCCUGUUGUAGGAAGUGACUAAAUUCCAUAUCAUUUGAUUCCAUAUUAUGACCAAACAGACCGCUGCAACACAGCAAAUCACCAAAAUGUGUAUUAUUUCUGAAAAAACAUGAAUGAAGUGUACAGUAUAUAGAGGUGAACUGCCACUUAGAGUUUUUUUUUUUUAACGCUGUUGCAAGUGAAUCACUUUAAUAUCCGUACAGGUUUUAUUCAAAGGGAAUGCUUUUCCUGGUCUUAUGAAUGAGAGGCCUUAUGUUGAGAGUUGUGCAAUAACGGAUCUGUGAUAGAGGUUGUGAAAAAACUUUCUGUAUGUGUGUUUCACUACAUGCAGUUUUCAGAUAGUCUAAAUUAAUGUAGAUAAAACCUCUGGAUUGUUUUAAUUUAAAAUAAAAAAUGUGAACUGGAAGAUGGUGGUUUUGGAAUCAAAUAAAUUAAUACCUUUUUUGCUUCAGUCA